AGUGUUUGUUAACACAUGCCUCGUGCAGUCGUGCCUACCCCGUGUCUUUGCACAGUCCUGUCAAACUAAAGGCUUAACUUUAGUAUUCAUCUGCCGUAAAAAUGUGCCUACAACUAUGUAUAAUAUAGCAUAAUAUAUACUUAAGUACCUACAUACAUACUAACAAUUAUAACUUACGUGUCUUUUCAUAUUAUAUGUAUGCAAGCUGGGCAAGUUACUAAUUUCUUUCAAAUAACUAGUUAAAGUUUAACAAAAAAGAAAUAAAUUUAGAAUUUAAGUUAGUUUUUGAAAUUUUCCAAACUUCUAUCUAUUAUAGUUAGUUUAGUUAAAACAGUAGACAACUUAAAUUAGAGUAGGUAGAUGUACCUAAAGAGUUAGUUUUUUUAUUUAUAGUUUAAAAAUCCGUUGGUUCAAAUGUAAUGUAAACCUAUAACAUUAAAUUAAAAAUUUGGUGAUUUAAUAUAUUGUAGUUUAGGUAAUUGAUAAUUUUAUCAAAUAGUUUGAGUAGGUACUUAAUAAAUAAUGACUUUAAUUUUUUAAAAACAAAUUAGGUAGUAUAAUAUAAUUUAUUUUUAGCAAAACAAACAAUUUAGGUUCUGAUUUAGGUUAUUAGAAUACAUAUAACAUAAAAGAAAUGCCAAGGAAACGGGAACAUUUUAAGAACCUCUCCAAAAGAAGUCAACGUAGGCGCAUAAAUGAAGAUUGUCAUAAAUUCAAUGAGGCACCAGAAAGUCAUGAUGAGUCUGAAGAACCAAUGACAAAUCUUUUAAAUAAUGCAAAAUGUUCUAAUCGAGGUUCUAAUUCAUUUAAUGUUUCCUCAAUUGAUUUUGAAGCUUUACCUUCUGAGGAAUGCAAAAAAUCUUCUGAUGAAAUUUUAAGUGAUGAGGUUGAGUUCAUUUUGAGUAAUAUAACUUCUGAUUCAGAGUGUUCUUCGGCUGAAAGCACAUUUUCUGAUGUUCCAUUAAUAAUAGAUGCAAAUUCUGAACAACCACAAGAAUCUCCUUAUGUCUUACAAAAGUUUCUUCAAAGAUGGUCUAUUCAACAUAAUGUAACUCAUAAUUGUCUAUCUGAUUUACUACGGGGAUUGAAAGAUACAGUUCCUGGUUUAACCUCUGCUUUACCAAGUGAUGCUAGGACAUUAUUGAAAACUUCCAAGACUAAAUUUUGUUCAAAAAUUGUUUCUCCUGGAAAAUAUAUUCACAUAGGACUUGAGAAACAACUUCAAAGAAUUAUUUCUGGUCCUUUUCAAGAUUCAAUUCAUAGUUUCAAACUAAUAAUUAAUAUAGAUGGUAUUCCAAUUUUUAAAAGUUCAAACAUACAAGUCAUACCAAUUUUAUUUGGGAUAUUAUCAGAUAUAAAUGAACUACAAAAUAAAGUGUUUCCAAUUGGUUUAUACUGUGGUAAAGGUAAACCUCAUGAUAUGGAUUCUUACCUAGAAGAAUUUGUUAAUGAAGUGAAUAAUUUAUCAGAGAAAGGUAUUUUACAUCAAAGUGGAAAAACAAUACCAGUGAAAGUUGUUGCUUUCUGUUGUGAUGCUCCUGCAAAGGCAGACAUUCUUGGUAUAAAGUCUUUUAGUGGGUAUAACUCGUGUACAAGAUGUGUUGUUAAAGGUGAAACGAGUAACAACCGUAGAAUAUUUACAGAUCUUGAUUGUGUACUAAGAACAAAUGAAGAUUUUCAUAAUUGGUCAGAUACAGAAUUUCGUAAAACUAAAACGUUACUUACAAAAAUCCGAGGACUGCAUUUUAACAACUCAUUUGUUUUAGAUAUAAUGCACCUUGUUUAUUUAGGAGUAACUCGAACUAUGAUUUUAACAUGGAGUACAGGAAAUAUUCCUCACAAAUUGUCUAGUAAACUAUGUCUUAGAUUAUCAUCAUUAUUAGUUGAAUAUCGUUCAUGUGUACCUAUUGAGAUUAAUAGGAAACCAAGAGAGCUGAAACUUAUACUUCGUUGGAAAGCUACUGAAUUUAGAACAUUUUUGCUAUAUUUAGGACCGGUUGUCUUAAAAUCUGUUCUAACUAGUAAAAAAUAUGAGAACUUUCUAACUCUUCAUUUUGCAGUGACUAUUUUAUUGUCACCUAAAAUGUGUAAAGAUAGUGAGAUGCGCAAUUAUGCAAGAUCGUUACUACAGCGUUUUGUUGAAGACUUUAUUCUUCUGUAUAGUAAAGACUUUAUCACUCAUAAUUUUCACGGUUUAAUUCAUUUAGUUGAUGACUCUGAUUAUUAUUCAGGAAUAACAUCAAAUUUUACUUUAGAAACAAUAUCUGCAUUUCAGUUUGAAAAUUAUUUGCAAAAAAUUAAAUCAAUGGUGCGAGGAUAUAAUAAACCAGCUGAACAAAUCUGUAAUCGAUUAGGUGAAUGUUUUUUAUUAGAAAGCUAUUUUGAAACUCCUCAACAAUCAUCAUUGCCAAAAAUAUCACAUAUUCACUGUGAUGGUCCUCUUCUAUCAGAUUGUUGUGGACCACAAUACAAGAUUCAUAUGUUUCACCACUUUCAAUUAAGAAUAACAAAACCUGAUAAUUGCUGUGGGUCAAAGAAUGGUGAUAUUAUAAUGGUGCACAACUUUGCUUAUUCAAAAUCACUAAAAACUGAAGUUGUCAUUGGUAAAAAAUUUGUAUCACAAGAAGAUUACUAUUCAGUGCCGUGUAAUAGCUCAUCACUUGGAAUUUAUGUCGUUCAACAUUUUUCCACCUUAAAAAUGUGGCCAGUUUCAGAAAUUUGCUUAAAAUAUAUAUAUUUUCCAUACAAAAAUCAGUCAUAUAUUGUCUUACCUUUAAUUCAUCUAUGUUAAAUACCUAUUGUAAAUGUAAAGAUUAUUUAUUAGGAUAAGUUAUUUUUUGUACUUUUAAUAUUAGGUUAUAAUAUAAGAGUUAGAUUUAUGAACAAUAAGAUGAAGAAUAUUAUUCCUAAAACAUGUAAAAUAUUUGUUCAUUUAAUUUAAAACUUUAAUGCUGAAUGAUGUAAAUUUAAUGAUUAUGUAUUUAGUUACCUAAGUAUUUUGAAUUUUAAGUAUAAGGUUGUUUAUGUUUAUUUAUGAAUUAUUUAAGGGAGAGAAUAAAAUAGAAAAUAUAUAUGUCUAUAGGUAUGGUAUAUGUGUAGGUACAAAACAAUAUAUUUUUUUAA